UGGUUACUCUAAGUAAACCCCUGUCUUUGUGUGCAGGACACAGGGAAGCUGCGAAUUGGGACCUACAUAGGACCACUUCAGCACUGUGCUGUCUACUCUGGAGGUUCCUCAGACAUGGUAUGUGACCUCUUGGGCGUGAAGGGCAAGGACAUUCUUUACAUCGGCGAUCAUAUCUUUGGGGAUAUUCUCAAAUCUAAGAAGCGGCAAGGAUGGCGCACAUUCCUGGUGGUACCAGAACUGGCUAAGGAGCUGCAAGUGUGGACUGAGAAGAGUGAACGCUUUGAGGAGUUGCGGAGUCUGGAUGUAUUCUUGGCUGAACUGUACCAGGACUUGGACAGCGGAAGCAGUGAACGCCCAGACAUCAGCUCCAUCAGGAAGCGGAUCCAGAAAGUCACCCGUGACAUGGACAUGUCUUACGGGAAGAUGGGAAGUCUCUUCCGCUGUGGCUCCCAUCAGACCCUCUUUGCCAACCAGCUGAUGCGCUAUGCAGACCUCUAUGCUGCUUCCUUUGUGAACUUCCUCUAUUAUCCUUUCAGCUACCUUUUCCGGGCACCAGCAGCCCUGAUGCCCCAUGAAUCAACGGUGGAGCACAUCAAGGUGGAGACCACUGAGAGGGGCUUUCUUUCGGGGCAGCGGAUGCACCAGUGCCGGCAGCAGGACCUCAAGGAAAGUCUAAAUGGGACAGACGUGGAACCUGACUUGCACUGAUAGCUGAAAGGUCUCUGAAAUGAAACUUCAGCCACCCCUCCUCGCCCAAGCUUGUCCUGCGGAGCCCCUGAUUUAGAGACAUCAUCUUGGCUUCCCAGCAGAAAGCAGGAAUUGCUCACCAGCAUGCCUUACAGGAAGAGUUCCUGAUAACUGCUGUUCCUGUGUUUUGCAUAGAAGAGGUGCCUCUCUAGUCAGUUUAGACACCAAGACAGACUCCAUCCAAUGACCAGCCCUAGAUGCACCAGCCUCUUCCAGCCGCUGUUUUGCACUGCCUCAGAAAUCUCUACAGAUGCCUUUUGCAAGCUGGGAAUAGGGAAAUAAUCUGCAUAUUAUCCCUGCGCAAUGUCUUCCCUGCAGGCUGUUGAGCAGAAACUCCUGGCCUGAUCAACCCUUUCUGGCUGAACUCGGGAAUCCAGACUAAAGUGAAGUAACGUUGGCUGUUCUCAGCCUGCUCCAUCAUUGCUCUGGGGAGCUUCUGCCAGGCAUCUUGAAGGAGCUGGGACCACGGCGUGCAAUCCUUCAAGCAGCACAUCUCAGCUCAGAAACGCUUCCUACGCAGCCAAAAGGCUCACAGAGCCUCACCCUAAUUCUAAGUCACCUUGUGCCUCAGCACCCCCAGAAUGGGCUCACUUUCCCAGAGGAGUGCCUGGAGGCCAAAUAGGGAACUGGGAUUUUAAGCUGACAUGACUUACAGAGAAGACAACCAGAGCUCCCAAAAGAGCUCUGCAAGUUGAAAGCCACUUUUGUGAGGCAGAGCAUAAACUCACUGUAAGGAAAAGCUGGUACUUCAAGAAUAUCCAUUUGCUGCUGACCCGAGAAAUUCUGAACAGCAAGUAAUCCACCCACCCUGAUCUGUAGGCCAGAUGUCAGUCCCCACAAGUGCCUUCCUAAUCAUGUCAGCCUGUGGCGAGCGUGGAGUGAGACAGCAGCUCUACACUUCCUGCCGUUUCCUGCAGCAAUGUGUGUAGAAAGGCCAUAAGCAAAAACCAAGUUGAAGGAGUUUACUUGCCCAGAGCACGGAAUAGCCACGGGUUCAGUCUGGGGCUUUCAGGGUAGGGCCUCUUGAGGAAGGGGGACACAGUCCAGAGCCAGGCUACAAUAGGGGCUUUGCCCACGUCAGAAGAGUAGGGCCAUUUCCUCCUCCUCCUCCUCCUCCUCCUCCUCCUCUUCCUCCUCCUCCUCCCAGCUGUUCUGGAAGAUGAGCUGACCUCUCUUAUCCAUGCGCUGGUUUUGCACCAAUAAAAGAGGGAGCCUUAAGUCUACUUUUUU